AAUUUUUAAUAUAUUUUAAUAAUAAAGCACGAAAAACAUGGAGUUAAAAGUAUGGGUUGAUGGAUUUCAGCGAAUUGUAUGUGGUGUAACUGAUAACACCAGUUGCCAGGAUGUUGUUUAUGCAUUAGCUCAUGCCACAGGAAAAGUUGGCCGAUUUAGUCUUAUUGAAAGGUGGAGAUGCAAUGAAAGGCACUUGGCUCCACAAGAAAAUCCUUUGAAGAUUCUUAUGAAAUGGGGUGAAUAUUCUAGUGACGUCCAAUUCAUAUUACAAAGAUCAGAGGGAAGAAAGCAAUUGCAACACACACAGCAAAACCAAAGCAAACAUGUGCAGCUUAUGCCAUGUAACAAUAGUACAGAAGAACAUAAUAUGAUUGAUAAUCAGACCAUUGACUUAGAAAGACCUAGAAGCACCAGAAAAAGUUUCACUUUUGGGUAUCUUGUGUCAGAUGUCAGACUGGCUGAUAAAGUUGGUAUUGUUCGUGGGGUACCACAAGUUAAACCUCACUCCACUGAUAAUAAGGAGCAAAUAUUAUUAAACGGACAGGAAAACAUAAACAAAAAUAUCACUCAUGAAAUAGAUGAAAAUUGUUUAGCAACAAAUAAUUUGCUAGACAAUGCUAAAAAAUGUUCCAUUUCAUAUAGAGAACCUUCUACAUCUUUACUGCCACCUCCAUACAGAGAUCCACCUCCACCUACCAAUCAAUUGAAAGUACCAGUAAACCCAGAUACAUGUAAUUCCCGAAAAGAAGUAGAUCAUUCUUCAAUUCAAUGUUUAUCAGAGAUAAAUGAAUCUUUAUUAUACAAUAUUCAAUAUGGUGAUUUAUUGGUACUUGUAAAAUAUCAAAAAGAUAAAUUAACAGCUCAGCAUUCUGAUUUAAACAAAUAUGAUGAGGACAUUGAAUACAUAGAAGUCAAAACUCGCGAUCAACAAGAACAAAUGGACCUGUUAACAAGAGAAAUUCAGCAGGCGGAUACAAUUAUUAGACAGGGCAGUGAACAGCUUUAUGUUUUGUCUUGUGUUGAAGAAGAAAAUGAAAUUAUUAAACAGCAGGAGAAAACAGUGAGGUCAGAAAUCACUCUUUUACGAUCAAAAUUAGCAAAUUGUGAAACGGAAUUACUUCAAUGCAAAAAUAAAAUCAGAUUACUUCUUGAUGAACUCCAAAUUGAGCAAAAGGCAUAUCUUAGACGGUAUGAUAGCAGACAUCAAUUUGAGAUGCGUCUAAUGACGGAAAUGGAGCAUUUACAAUUUGAUAUAGAACAUGCUAAGGCAAGCACUGAUGAUGUAAUACAAACUGCAGAUGCUUUGAGAAUGGAAGUGUUGGACUUGGAAAGUGCUAUUAUAGAAAAGAAAAUGCAUGUUGAAAGUCUUGUAAAUGAGAUGAAAGAAGUUAAUUUACAGAGUCUUACUAAUACUACAAAUGCAGAAGAGAUUAAAUUUUUACUUGAAGGUACUCAUAAACCUGGCAGUACAAGAAGAAUGAUUGGUUCGCCAAGGCAGCUUGAAAAUGCUGUACCUACAAACAAAAAUCCACAUGGAGUUUGGGUGUGAGCUAAAAAUUUAUGCAAGUAAUUAUUCAUUUCUUAUAUAAAAAACCUGUUUUCUCACAGCCAUCUACAAAUCUAAGAUUUAAAACAACCAUGAUUGUCAGUAUGAUCUUUUUAGCUUACAAUUAGUUCAUUAGGCUAUAGUAUUUUAAAUUAUAUUCUUU